GUAAAAUUUAUAUUUUAAAUGUUUUUAAACUCCGAUACAUCAAACAAGUCAAACGUAUGAACUGCGAAAACUUAGCUGUGUAAGGUGUGAGAAUAAAUGUUUUAUUGAUCUAAUUACUUGAAAUAUAUAAAUAAAAUAAAAAAUAUUUACGUAUUUGUAUUAUUUUUAAUAAGUUCGUAUAACUAGUUAUCUCACCGCCUGGCGGGGCCCCAUUUCAAGCAUAAAUUAAAUCAAUCAACCAAUGAUCGUUGAUACCUCUUGAGAAACGUUAAAGCACAAUGACUUUAAAUUAAAGCUCCAUCGAGGCAUUGAUGUACUAGAAUAUAGUGAAAUUUCAGAAAGUCAAUGUAAUAAUAUUCAACACGCCAAGAAGAAUAAGAAUGUUUUUAAUUCUAAAUAAAAAAGACAAAUUACUGCUUAAGUUUCUUUGUAAAUACCUAUAUUUCAAUUUUAAUAUAAUUAAUGGCCGUUGGUUUGUUUCAAAAACUGCUGUAUGCCGCAAUGCAUUUCUGUUAGACGCCAGCAAAAGCGGACGCGGCGAACGGCGUGGUCGGCCGUUAACAAAAAAACAACUUUCCAAGAAACGACGAUGGCGCUAAGUUUACGAAGCAUGCCAAAACGUCACAAGCACAACGGUUAGCUUCAUAACUUGAGGUCUUCUGCUUCCGUUAAAUCCUGGGACGAAAUAACUUGUUGAUGUGCGUUGCGGGUGGGACUGAUGUGAGCGGGUGUAAGAGGGGCUAGCGCCGCCGAGCGACGGCCUGUCUACGGCGGCGAGCCGGCGACACCCUGUCUGCCACGGUCGGCGGUGUUGCCGUUUCGCACACAUUCCUAUCCGCCCGCACCCCUCUGAAUGGUUAUAAGCCCGGCCGUGCGUACAAAGCGUCAACGUCGCAUGCAAACUUGUUUCGUAAACGGAUGUGGCAGCGACCGGGGCAGGGCAAGAUUAUUUGUCUCGCUCUCCAGGCUAAAGUGUAGGUUGAAUGAAAAAGACAGCAAUAGUGGCGCUACGUGCUAUCGGCUCCCACUUGCGGCAUUUUUUCACGCCGAGAAUGAGGCGAGAUUACUGUCUUAGGCUAUGUACACAUACCUUAAUUUUAAAUUAUAAAAAAAUAUAUAAAAUGGUUAAACCGAUUUUUAAGUGAUUAUUUAAAAACUUCUCUUUCUAAAUUAUGAAAUUUAACUAUAAAUCCCACAUUAAACAGACUUUUAAACCAAUAUUUCCUAUGGAAUAUCGUUGCGUGAAGUUCAUGAAGUUUUAACUUAACUAAAUUAUAUUGCCGAUUAAACACAUCGUAAAAGCUUUUUGUAGUGUGUAAAAUAAAGGUACACUAAGCGUGGUACAAAGGUUGAUUGUUUUUUUUUUUCGUUCGUUGGUAUGUCUCUAGCCUUAUGCUAUAUGAGGCUCGCACACUCACGCACGUCGGACAGGCAGCAACAUCCGCGGCCUGCGCGACUCCCGCUCUGAAGUCUGAGCGAGCAGUCAGUUCGGCGCCGUCAACCAACACGCGCACACGUAUCCACAGUAAAAUGGCAGCCGCCCACACGCACCCUGCCCCCGCGCCCUCAGACCGUCGCGCUGAGGGCCGAGCUGGUUCCCGCCGUAUUUUUCCACCACAAUUUAAACUACAAGUCCUUGAAGCGUACAGACGUGAUUCCCAAUGUAGAGGAAACCAACGUGCCACCGCUAGGAAGUUUGGCAUCCAUCGCAGACAGAUCCAAAAGUGGCUACAAGCUGAACCUGCUUUGCGAGCGGCGCUGUUAAGGAGAGCUCCACAGCCGGCGCCAUCACCUCCUCCAUAUGCUGCUGGUUCCCCCGAAAGUGCAAGAUUACCUACACCACCUCCACCUCCUACGAUGCCAACGUCAGUUUCAUUGCCUACACCUCUACCUGUUCAAGCAUUGGUACAGCCGUCAACAGAACCUAUAGAUUUAUCAGUACGGAGAUGUUCACCGCUAACGUUAGCGCAUCCACCAGUUGCACCUGAACCACCUCGCAAGCCGUUUAAAUUAUUCCGACCUUACUUACUUGAAGAUGAAGAUGAGAAGCGACCAUCAAUCGCUUCAUUGCCAGUUUCGAAUACAGGAUAUGUUUCUGCGUUUGUGCCAGUACAAAGUGCAGCGGGUUGCGCCUUGACCGCGUGUUCUGCUCCUCAUUGGUGUGCAGCUAUGCCCUCUUACUCGGCUCCUUUGAGAUGAGAGGACGCCGAAGGGGCUGAGCUCCGUAUUUACUGUGAUCUAGUCGCCGACGCCCGCUUGGCGCCAUCUGGGGCGUAGCCCUAAAUCACUGUGCCUUAACAUACACGCCGCCAUAGUGCAUUAUGCCGUCAACCUUAAAUGACUGCUUAUUUUGUGUAUUAAAUAUUAGAAUGUAUUUUUAUAAGUGCAGUUUAUGAAAGAGUACCUACAUAUUAUGAAAUGUUAUUACUAUACACUAUUAUAUAAAAUAAAGAGAGUUGUUUUAAAAUGUA